AUGUCUUACUCGUGCUGUAAACCGGAUCUCGAAGAAGCUGCUAUCAGGAUAUGUCCCGAUCACACCUAUCCACUAGUUUCAAGAAGGAAAAAGCUAAUCGUCUCGUGGAUCUGCGUCCUCUAUUUGCUGACCCCGUGCUACAAUGCGGCUAUGCACUUUAGCAUGUGGCUCGAUUUGGAGACUGAUGAAUCAGUUUCCGACGAUGAAUGGUGGUUUAUCGGUUUCCUUGUGAUGAUUAUUCUUGUCUCUUUCCUUGGUAGUUGCUUCUAUACAGCUAUCGGUUUAUAUGGGAUUUCGAGGAAACGAUACGAUUGUGUUAUGUGUUUCUUCAUCUUUUCGGUGAGUUCUAGAAUCGAUUUUAUUCAAGAA